AUGACUACUGAGUGGCAAGAAGACGUGACAACGAUGAGUCCAAGUGAGUCGAAGACAGGAGCGAAUGACUUGCCAGAGGACAGAAGAGCUCGACGCUCGGCGAUCGAGAAGAAGUCGAGGCAAAGAAGGCAACACGUUCUCAGACGCAUGCGCCAGGAGGUGAAGCAGCUGGAAAAUCACAACUACUCGCAGUUGUCGCUGGUAACACAGGCCCUCGAGGAAGAUCGCGCCAAGAUGCUGAAGUUAUUAGAGAGCCAUGAGUUGUUUCAACGCACAGCUGAUGCGAUGGCGAGAAGAGGCUCCAGUCGUCGUGAAACGUUAACAAACCAGAGCCACAAGGACGAUUUCGUGUGGGACACAGGGGUACCUCCGUCGUCUUCCUUCGCGGUGCAAAUUCGCCAACGCUCGUCUGCAGAAUGCUACGAACUCGUUCGCGAGACGUAUGAAACCAUCAAACGCUUCGAUGACGGUGGGCAAUUCGUAUCGACAGGUGCGAACUUCAUGGGCUGGACAGACAAACGCAAAUACGACGAGUCUCGAGCGCUGCAAUACGGUUUUGCCAAGACUUUCCCACUGGAAAGCGCCGAGAAACUGAUCAUGCAGACGUGGGACGUCUUCUGCCAUGCCGAUAGCAUGGCGCAUUUGUCGUUCAACGCGUCGGUCAUCCACCGGUUCCAGAUCGUUCAGACACUAGGCGACGACCUCUGUAUCAUCCGGCGAGACCAUAAAUUCCCCAACUUGCCACUAAACUUCCUUACUGUGCACAUUGUGUUUCGACUGGAGACACCUUCAGGCUACACGCUAUGCAUGCGAACUAUCCCGACGCCCGAGCUCAUGGAGGCCUUGGAGCCGCAUGAGUUAUACUACGACGUCUUCCACUGGACCCACUUCAACCACGCCUUUGACGAGGAUGGCAAGCCCGCAGGCUGUGAGAUCUCGACGGGCGGCUACAUUGCCGACGUGAAGCAACUCGUGUCCAAAUACUGGCUGUUUGAGUUGGUCAUGUCAGUGCUGCGCUGGGAGAACAUGUGCGUGGCUCCACUGUUCCUCAAGUGCGUGUGA